UUCGGCGUCAUCCCCCUUUUGGGCAGCGGCUCGGAGGCGCCGGACCCGUCCGCCGAGGACCGAGCACUGAAGCUGUACCAUGGGACGCCGCGUGCCUUACUGCACCCACGCUUCCAGGACCCCAUGGAAAAGAACAAAUACUUGACGGUGAUGGAGAAGAGCCACCUGCAGUACACCCUGAAGCCCCACCAGCCCCUGGAGAAGAUAUUUCACCUCCUUCCCGAAAACCUGCUGGUGUCUGGGCUGCCGACCAUUCCCGGCUUGCUGCCGGCAUCCGGAGAUGCGAGUGACUGCUUGCAGAAGCCCCGGCUGAUGAAGCCGGGGACCUGCUACCUGGAGCGGCUGUCUGUCCAGCUGCACCCCUCCCUGGAGGAGUUUGAGGAGGAGCUGCUGGACUUGCUGAACAGCGAUCGCUUGCUUCAGGGGAGGCACGUGGAGGCUGGGACUGUCCAAUUCCGUGUUUCCACCGAUUCGGAAGAACAUCUUGUAACUGCCGCAGAGAUCCUGCGUAAAGACAGGGACGAGUCGGAGGAGCCUCCUACGCCGUUGCUGAGUCCUCCAGCCCCGCUGCGGAUGGCGUCUUCCCCACGGGGACGGGGGGGAAGUGCAGUGCAUGCCUGUGGACAUGGGUGCCAGGCAGCAGCGUUCCCAGGGGAUGGCCCACGCGCUGAGGACCUGCUCCCAGUCCUGCCCUUGGAGCCGGUGGAAAUCUCGGAGCCGGUGGACCCAGCGAGUUUCAGCCCGCAGCUGGAGGAAGCCGACCCUCUACAAGGCAACGAAAUAAUCCUGCAGUUCCUGGCUCUUGGCAGGGAUGCCCGAGAUGGUGUGGAAGGGACGUGGCCAAGGACUGUCUUCCUCACCUUCCACGGGCCGGCGCUGCCGCUGCAGCUCCUUGGCCGGGUGAACAAGGACGGGACUCUCGGCACUGGACCACCGGGCUUGCAGCUGAAGUACAUGGUGGACCCCGCUUUCCUGCGCCCCGGGGAGCAGCGCUGGUUCGUGCGGUACCUGGCCGAGCACAGCCUCCAGAUUGACGUCUGGGACGGAGACUCGCUGCUCCAUGUUGGGUCCGCUGCCGUUAAACUGGAGUCCUUGCUGCGCCAGGGCCGGGUGGCCGUCAGGACCCACCAUGAGCUGGAGGUGGCUGCGACGGAGCUGGGUUCAGAGCCUCGUCUGGCUCUGCUCGCCAUGGCCUUUGAGGAGCAUGGCCGGCACAGCCGGGACCUGCAGUUCAUCGACGCCUACCGGGAGCACAUCAAGGGCGAGAGCAUCUCCCGCGUGCUCAGCCAGGCCAUCACCGCCACCCACACCGUGCACGCCGCGCUGGGGACAGCGGAGUUCUUUGAGUUCGCCCUGAAGAACCCCUACAGCGUCCAGCACACCGUGACCAUCGAGGUCGACCACCCCGAGCUCAGUGUCGUACUGGACCCGAGGGAGUGGCGCCACUUCAAGGAGCUGACCAAGAGCCUUACGCCGGUGGAGGAGGAGAUGUUCCACCUCCGCGACGACCUCAGGCCUCAGGUCUACCUGCGCCCCAAAGAGACCGUCCGCAUCCCCUUCAAAUACCAGACCUUCUCCGCAGACCCCGCGGUUGUCGCGGCACAGGUAGGUGCAGGCCUCCCUUUUAAGCUGUCCCCGAAGCAUCGCUCUCGCGAAACCCCGUCCCUCUCCCACCACCCCCCGGGACAGGUCUCCUUCCGGGUGAGCGGGGGGAAGCCCAUCGCGCUGCUGCGGGUGAAGGUGGAGCCCCAGCCCCACGUCGUGGACCAGACCUUCCGCUUCUACCACCCGGAGCUCACCUUCCUGAAGAAGACCAUUCGGCUGCCGCCCUGGCACACCCUCCCCGGCGCGCCGGUGGGGAUGCCAGGGGGGGAGCCCGAGAUGUUUGUUCGCUGCAGUGACCCUGACAUCAUUUGCGAAACCAAAAAGAUGGGACCCGGUGAGCCACAGGACAUCUUCUUAAAAGUAGCCGGAGGACCAAGCCCGCAGAUCAAAAAGUUCUUUGUUGCUAUUUAUAUCUCCCUGAGCCCGGCCGGCUUCGCCGAGCGGCAGAAAGCUGGGCAGGAGGCUUCCCAAAAUGCUUGCAGCGCGUUCGAGAUCUCGCUCCCGGCGGGAGGCGGGAGAGGCUGCAACAAGCGCAUCACCUACACCAACCCCUACCCCUCGCCCAGGCUCUACUUCUUGUGCACCAACCGGCCCGACCUCCUGCAGUUCAAGGAGGACUCCUUCGAG